UCCACAAUCCGCGCAAGACUUGUCUGCUGUUGCAGACGACGAAGAAGGCGCAAGUGCAUAUUGCAGCAGUGAAAGUAUUCGCGUGUGCAGCUACGAUCUGCCAUCUGUCAAUGCCCUCUCUUCCAUAGUCUUGCUUUAACAACGUCAUUUAGCCGAGAUUCGCGAUUCAAGUCUUUAGUUGAACUCGUCGUCGUAUCUAGCGAUCUCCAUCCGAUCCCGCGCCUAGUUCGCAAAGAGAUUCGGUAAAACCGCAGGUUCCGAACUUCACAAGCGAGUCUCAAUAAUUGAAACUUUCGCGAAGUCCUCAUCGUUGAAAAAUCAUGACCAAGAGGCUGUGGGCCAUCCUCGUCGUCGUCGUCGGCUGCACGGCAACUCUCUCCUCUGACUCCAAUCCCGAGUAUGUAAAGCAAUGUUCCAGAAGCGAUCCCAAACUGAUAACUUGUCUGAUCGACGCUUUGCACCAUCUGCGACCUUAUUUGAGCGUCGGAAUACCCGAAAUCGAGUUGCCCUCGGUAGAACCGUUUCGUAUGGACGAGCUGACUCUCUCUCUGACAGGUGGUACGAACGGUUAUAAGAUUCAGCUACGCGACCUCUACGUAAAGGGAGCAAGUAACUACACAGUAGAGGACAUCAAGCUUGGCUCACCCUUCCAAGCUAUUGUGCGAAUGCCGGCCCUUAUAUUAGACGCGCAUUACUCCAGUUCUGGUGUAUUAAUAAUUUUACCUGCGAGUGGAAAUGGUACUUUUCACGCGCGCUUCGGUGAUGCUAGAGCUCUAGUCAAAGGAACCGUGUCGACGAGGUCGCGAGAGGAAAAAACUUAUAUGAAUGUCGACAACCUCGAUGUUGUGCUCGGAGUGAAAGACGUGCAAAUGCGAGUCAGCAAGAUCUUUAAAAAUAAUCGAAUACUUACUGAGGCGAUCAAUCUCUUUCUCCGAGAAAAUGGGCAAGAGGUGCUGAAAGUGAUGGAACCGCAGUUGAAGAAGAAGCUAUCGUCCCUUUUCGCCGGAAUUGUUAACCAACUGCUGCGACAUGUUCCAGUGGAAUCGUUCCUCUCAGCUUAAGAUGUUUUCACAUUGUAUUUUUAUUAGCGAUUGUUAUCUUUUUCUUACUAAAAUUAACGAUUAAUUUUAAACACACACAAGUAACGGAAACCGAAGAAUGCAUUAUACCAUAAAAAAUAGAAGAACAUAUCAGCCUCUUUAGUAGGAUUUAAAAAAAGAUAUGUUUUAAUUCUAAAAAAAUAGACUGUGAUUUUCUUCUAGUAUCUUUGAGAAUUUAUUAUUUUGAAUAUGUGUGUGUGUGUGAAAAGAUAUUUAUGAUUUUGUGAAAGAGUAACUUUUUAAGUAAUGAUUGAAAAAAUUUUGUUAUCUUAUUGAGCAGAAAUUAUUAUGCUAUGCAACUGUUUACCUACAAAGUUUCGAGUAUGGUAAAAUUUAAAUGCAGAUAAUGUAAUAAUUAUACAUUAUUUUUGCAUGAUUAUUCGCCUGUUCGUAGAAACAAUAUAAUUGUUUAACUCAAACAAAAAUCAGAUUAUUCUAAGAACAAACAAUUACCUAAACUCGAAAAUUAAAAGAUAAUUUUCGUUGAUAUUUUUUUAAGUGCGAGGAUGACAUAUUUUGACCGUAAGUUUAAUUGUUGCUUAGAUUAUAGUAAAACUACAAUUUAUAUAUACAUAUAAAUCAUCAUUAAUAUAUUAUACAUUAAUAUAUAAGUUUUAAAUGUGGUAUCUCAUAGUUUUAGCACAUAAUUGAUGGGGUAUAUUGAUAUAAAUAAAUAAAUAAAUGAAAU